AUGUUCACGUCCAAGUCCAACUCGGUGUCGCCCUCGCCGUCUCUGGAGCAGGCUGACUCGGACGCGCUGGACAUCAGCACCAAAGUGCAGCUCUACGGUGUGCUGUGGAAGCGGCCUUUCGGGAGGCCGUCGGCCAAGUGGUCCAGACGGUUUUUCAUCAUCAAAGAGAGCUUUCUUCUUUACUAUUCUGAGAGUGAAAAAAAGAGCUUUGAAACCAACAAGUACUUCAAUAUACAUCCUAAGGGUGUCAUCCCUCUGGGGGGCUGCCUGGUGGAGGCUAAGGAGGAGCCCAGCAUGCCCUACGCCAUGAAAAUCUCCCACCAGGAUUUCCACGGGAACAUCUUGCUGGCUGCCGAGUCAGAGUUUGAGCAGACCCAGUGGCUGGAGAUGCUGCAGGAGUCUGGGAAGGUGACUUGGAAGAAUGCCCAGCUGGGAGAAGCCAUGAUCAAAAGCCUAGAGGCCCAGGGGCUGCAGCUGGCCAAGGAGAAGCAGGAGUAUUUAGACAAACUGAUGGAAGAGACUGAAGAACUCUGCCUUCAGAGGGAGCAGAGAGAGGAGCUUGAGCGCCUGAACCAGGUGCUGGAGGCCGAGAAGCAGCAGUUUGAGGAGGUGGUACAGGAGCUGAAGAUGGAACAGGAGCAGAUCAAGAGGGAGCUAGAACUGACUGCAAGAUGCCUCAAGGGUGUGGAACAGGAGAAAAAGGAGCUGAGGCACCUCACGGAGUCCUUACAGCAGAUGCUGGAGGAACUCUCCAUAGAGAAGAAGAAAACCCUGGAAAUGCUGGAGGAGAAUGAGAACCAGCUGCAGACACUGGCCAAUCAGAGCGAGCAGCCCCCUCCCAGCGGGGGUCUCCAUAGCAACCUGAGGCAGAUAGAGGAGAAGAUGCAGCAGCUCUUAGAGGAGAAGCUCCUGGCGGAGAAGCGGAUGAAGGAGAACGAGGAGCGCUCGCGGGCCCUGGAGGAGGAGCGGGAGUUCUAUUCCAGCCAGUCCCAGGCGCUGCAGAACUCGCUGCAGGAGCUGACAGCGGAGAAGCAGCAGGCCGAGCGCGAGCUCAAGGCUGAGGUGAAGGUCCGUGUGGACCUGGAGAGGCGCCUGCGGGAGGCAGAGGGGGCCUUGCGGAGCCUGGAGCAAGGGCUCAACUCCAAGGUGCGGAACAAGGAGAAGGAGGAGAGGAUGCGGGCUGACGUGAGCCACCUGAAGAGGUUCUUUGAAGAGUGCAUCCGGAAUGCGGAGCUGGAGGCCAAGAUGCCGGUCAUCAUGAAGAAUUCCGUGUACAUCCACAAGGCGGCCACUCGCCGCAUCAAGAGCUGCCGCUUCCACCGGCGCCGGUCCAGCACCUCCUGGAAUGACGUGAAGCCGUCCCAGUCCUUCAUGACCUCCCAGCUGGAAGCCAACAACAUGGAGGAGCUGAGGGAGGUGGCCAAGCGGCUCAGCCGGGACCAGCGCUUCCGCGAAUCCAUCUACCACAUCAUGGCGACCCAGCCUGGAGCCCCCUCUGCGCUCCCCCCGGUGGGAAAGUGAUGGGCGCCCCUCCCCGCCGCCCAGGUCCUUCCUCGCUGGGGGCAGGAGGGAGUGGGCGGGGGAGGCCUGACUCUACAGGGCUCCUCUCUGCCAGCGCUCCACGUGGGGGCCAGGCUCACCCGCAAAGGACAGGGGCGCCACCUCCCUCACCCUCACCCCAGACCCUACCCUUGCGUCAGGUCAGGCCAAAGCUGGGUGCCGCCUGGUUGUCAUGGUAAAGCAAGGAUGGGGCCUGGCGGCACGGAGAGACUUUUCUGGCCGGGGAGUGGGCUGGGCAGGGCCCACCACCUUCUGCCGUGCCCGCCGUACUUCUCUGUGACUCUGCCGCCCUCCCCACCUUGACCCUUGCUUCCCAGGGCUUCCCAGCCCUCUUUGCU